UGAAAAAGUAGAACUUAAAAGUAUCUGACAAGGUAAUAUAUGAAUAGAAAUUCCACUAUUGUUUUCACAUCCAUAGAUUACCAUGUGCAUCACCAAGGGUGUGUAUUCCCAAGUUGGAAGUACUAUGCGGAUAUGCCUCAGAUCCUGAUUUGAGAUCACAGUGAUGAGUAUUCUAUUUAUUUAAACCAGCUAGAUGGAUUGUUGUACUACAGAGAUAAAAGGAAAUAUUUAGAGUAAGCCCAACUUCUUUUAUUUUCCUUUUAGGUCAAAAUUCCUAAGAUACAGUUUACAUAUGGUAAAUGUACCACUGUUGUAUAGUUCAAUAAGUUUUCACAAAUAAACAUUCCCAACCAAUCAAGAUAAGGAAUAUUUUUGUCACCUUAAAAUGCUUUGCCAUUCCUCUCUGCUAUCAAUUUCCUUCCCAAUUUUCAGUAAAAACUAGAAGACAUCAAUAACUGGGGUUAACUUUUCUCAACUAGGAAAAUUUUAAUAUACCUCAAGCAGUUCAGGAACAAAUUCAGGCCAGGGUAUUCCAGAGUACUACAUAAGAAUAGUAGAUACAAGCACAGGGCUGAAGUGGAAGAAGAGUGUGGCUUGGGGACCAGGGUGUGGCACUAAUGAAAUGUAGAAGAAUGAGGAUAGAAGAGAUUUCUUAGCCUGUGGGAGACUAUAUGACAUAUUCUGAUUUUAGCUUGAUAAGAACUAUGGUGUAGAUGAAACAAAAAACAGAUGGAAAUAAACUCUCUGCUUCUUGAUGCUCUGUAGGCAAAGGACAUGGAGAUAAGAAACAGCACAGUAGUGACAGAAUUCAUCCUUCUUGGUCUUACCCAGACUCAAGAUAUUCAGCUCCUAGUCUUUGCGCUGAUCUUAAUUUUCUACCUCAUCAUCCUCCCUGGAAAUUUCCUCAUCAUCCUCACCAUCGGAUCAGAUCCUGGUCUCUCAGCCCCACUCUACUUCUUCCUGGGAAACCUAGCCUUCCUAGAUGUAUCCUACUCCUUUAUUGUGGCUCCUAGGAUGCUGGCAGACUUCCUCUCUGAGAAGAAGGUGAUCUCCUACAGGAGCUGCAUCACUCAGCUCUUCUUUUUGCACGCACUUGGAGGAGGGGAGGAGUUACUUCUUGUAGUGAUGGCAUUUGACCGCUACAUCGCCAUAUGUCGGCCUUUACACUACUCAACUCUCAUGAGCCCCAGAACCUGCUAUGCAUUACUGAUGGCCUUGUGUUUUGGAGGCUUUGUCCACUCCAUUAUCCAGGUAGCGCUCAUCCUCCGCUUGCCCUUCUGUGGCCCAAAUCAGUUGGAUAACUUUUUCUGCGAUGUCCCACAGGUCAUCAAGCUAGCCUGCACAGACACCUUUGUGGUAGAGCUCCUUAUGGUCUUCAACAGUGGCUUGCUCACCCUCCUGUGUUUCCUAGGCCUUCUGGUCUCCUACGCAGUCAUCCUCUUCCAUGUGCAUAGGUCUUCUUCUGAAGGAAAGAGCAAGGCUCUGUCCACAUGCACAACUCACGUAAUUAUUAUAUUUCUCAUGUUUGGACCUGCCAUCUUCAUCUACACUCGCCCUUUCAGGGCCUUACCAGCUGACAAGGUGGUUUCCUUCUUUCACACAGUGAUCUUUCCUUCGAUGAAUCCUGUGAUUUAUACCCUUCGAAACCAGGAAGUGAAAUCUUCCAUGAGGAGGUUAUUGACUAGACAUGUAGUCCUUUAAACUGAUUCUAUAAUGAAACUCAAGGAUGAGGAAUUCUAUCUGGAAAUCAUUCAUUCAACUAGCAAAUCCUAGUUUUUUUUAAAGCUUCCCAUUUGUCAGGUACUAUUGUAGG